CGUGUAGCGGUGGUACAAGAUGGGAGGAGCGACCUUGAGUGGAUGUUCAAGUGUUCCUUGAUUCCGAUCCUAACCUUGAGAAACAAACCCAUUUUCCAGACUUGAUUGCUUUUAGUUUGAUUCUUCAAUCCUCAAACUUUCUAUCCCUCCAUUAUUAUCCAGGGGUUUAUCUGUGUUUUAAGGAGAGCCCUGCAAUUCAAGAUUUGAGUUUCGUGGGACCAAGAAACAGGUAAGCGGAAUAGAUGUGUGUGGCUUGAUUUGAUAGUGUCACGGUCGAUGAAAAUUUUAACAGCAGGACUUAUGGUUCCUUUCUUUUUGCUCGUAUUUUCUUGGCAACCGAACGAACAGAAACGUUUCUCUUCUCUGGGGAUGUUUCUGGGUUGUGUUUCUUGAUUGACCCUUUUCUUCUCGUCUCUUUCUUCUUCCUUACGUUUCUGCCUUUUGUUUCUUGCCCUAGUUUGUAUCAAUGCGUCACUCUUUAUUGUUAUUGUUGUUAUAAAUGGGUUUUUGAUGGAACUUGUCAGAAAAUCAGAGUGAAAUCUCACUUCACAUGGAGGAAAACGGAGGCGAUUUCGCCUUGGCUGCGGCGCCGCUGGCCAAAUGGAAGAGCGACUUUUCGAGGGCUUUUCAGUACUAUUUGGAUAGAUCUGCACCACAUAUAGCUGAGAGGUGGCUAGGAACACUAGUGGCAGCAUCAAUUUACUUUUUGCGAGUUUACUAUGUUCAAGGGUUUUAUGUGAUCUCCUAUGGGUUGGGAAUCUAUGUUUUGAAUCUCUUGAUCGGCUUUCUGUCGCCCAAGGUUGAUCCUGAACUGGAGGCUUUGGAUGGGGCUUCGCUGCCCACGAAAGAUUCCGACGAGUUUAAGCCUUUCGUUAGACGCCUCCCUGAAUUUAAGUUCUGGUAUUCCAUUACCAAGGCUUUUGUUGUUGCAUUCGGAUUGACCUUCUUCUCUAUGUUGGAUGUACCUGUUUUCUGGCCCAUAUUGUUAUGCUACUGGAUAUUUCUGUUUGUCCUCACGAUGAAGCGUCAAAUUCUACACAUGAUCAAAUACAAAUACGUCCCAUUUGACAUGGGAAAGAUGAGGUACACUGGGAAGAAGCCUUCUGCAAGUGGCAGCCGGUUAGCUAGAGACUGAACUGAAGCUGCGCAUUUCCAUUCUCCAACGGACCCUGGGAAUGGAGCUCAAGUUUUUAACUGCUUUUAGCGUUUUGAUGUUGGGUCCUUCACAUUGUAAUGGGUUUCCUCCCAAACUCUAUUAAGGGUUCAGAUUCUGGAAAGUUUUGCUUCUCUCCGGUGCUGAGGUUCAUCUUUAUGGUUUCAUGGACUAUCAAUCAAUGUCAGUCGGCCAGAAGUGAAGCUUGAUUGUGCAUACCUAUAGGAUGAAUAUUCUAUUUUCAUAUGAUAUUACAGCAAAAACUCCCUUCAA